ACCGCGCUCAGUACAGCAUCAGCAGCCAUUGUCACCCAAAAAACACCCCCAAAAUGGACAAAACCAUAUAAUAUUCGCCCUUGUUACACAAUAAAAUCCCCAAAACAGUGAUCCACGUGAAGUGUUGAAAGAUCCAGAUCGAUCACCGCAAAUAUGGUUUGAAAGAAAGCAAUAAAAAUUGGGCAAUGGCUGCCUGAUUUUAGUUUAUAAUGUAAAAUUCUAGUAUAGUAAAGAAGUCUUCCAGUUAGAUAAAGUUAGUUAUUUAUAUAGAAUUUAUUAUAUACCGAGGUGUAGUGAAAAUUGUCGAAAAUGAAUUUCGGGCGCAUCAAGCUGCCGCCGCUGAAGAAUGUGCUGGACGUGGCGAUGCAGACGGUGAGGCAGCAGGUGCCGGACAAACCUGGCACCUCCACGCGGCCGCCACAAAAUGUCCGAUUUGCUAACAUGGAAAUGGACGAGAGCUGCGAGCUGUCCACAAUGCACGAAACGACGUCGCCGACCUACCAGUCCACGAACCCCACCAAUCCCUUCCUUAGCGGAAACCUGCAGGCCGAGGAGUCCUUCACCAGCUACCAGAACACCUUCCCGCAGCAGGAUGGAGCACCAAGAACACAGAGCAUGCAAAGCGUUGACUUCUACGCAUCAUCAGAAGAAGGAGGGUUCGAGGAGGGUGGAGGUCCUCCGGGCGCCAAAAUUAACGAAUUCCAAGCGGCCUGGAACGUCACUAAUGCUAUUCAGGGCAUGUUCGUGGUAUCGCUACCGUUCGCUGUACUCCAGGGCGGCUACUGGGCCAUAGCGGCCAUGAUCGGCAUCGCCCACAUUUGCUGCUACACCGGGAAGAUCCUCGUCGACUGCUUGUACGAGGACGACCCAGUGACCGGACAGAAGGUUAGAGUUCGCGACUCCUACGUGAGCAUCGCCAAAGAAUGCUUCGGGAAAAAGUAUGGAGCUAAGAUCGUCAAUAUAGCUCAAAUAAUUGAGCUUCUCAUGACGUGCAUACUGUACGUCGUCGUUUGCGGCGACUUGAUGAUCGGAACUUUUCCAGACGGCUCUAUAGAUACUCGAUCCUGGAUGAUGCUCAUUGGGAUAUUUUUGCUCCCGUUGGGCUUCUUGAAAUCGUUGAAAAGUGUGAGCAUGCUGUCGUUUUGGUGCACUAUGAGCCAUCUCAUCAUCAACGCCGUCGUGAUAGGGUACUGCAUCUUGUACAUCGGGGAUUGGGGUUGGUCGAAAGUAAAAUGGAGUUUGGACUUCGAAAAUUUCCCGAUCAGUUUAGGUGUAAUCGUGUUCUCCUACACCUCCCAAAUUUUCCUUCCCACUUUAGAAGGUAACAUGGAGGAUCGGUCUCGCUUCGAGUGGAUGUUGAACUGGUCGCAUAUCGCCGCGGCCGCUUUCAAAUCCAUAUUCGGAUACAUCUGCUUUUUAACAUUUCAAAACGAUACCCAGCAAGUGAUCACGAAUAACCUUCGAUCGGCUGGAUUCAAAGGGCUGGUCAAUUUCUUCCUAGUGAUGAAGGCGAUUUUGAGCUAUCCUCUUCCAUAUUAUGCAGCUUGUGAUCUACUGGAGAGAGUGCUGUUCAGAGGAAAACCGAAAACACUCUUCCCACCGAUAUACGCUUUAGACGGCGAGCUCAAAGUGUGGGGUCUGGCUUGGAGGUUAGGAGUCAUAAUGUUUACUAUUUUGAUGGCGAUAUUUAUUCCGCACUUCGCUAUUUUGAUGGGAUUUAUCGGGAGUUUUACAGGAACCAUGUUGAGUUUCAUAUGGCCGGCGUAUUUCCAUAUCAAACUGAAAGGCAAUCAGCUGGAGAGCAAGACCAUCGCGUACGACUAUUUCAUUAUCGGCCUGGGUGUUCUGUUCGGCGUUAUCGGGAUGUACGAUUCCGGUUCGGCCUUGAUCAAAGCGUUCAAGAUAGGUUUGCCGUUUUAAUGUUAGCGUUUCUAGAUAAUUGUUGAACUAUUUUUAGAUUUAUGCAUAUAUUUCGUAAAUAUCGCGGUUGGUGAUCACAUUUUUGGAACGCCAAUUAUUUAGUCUGAUGUGAUUUUGUAAACUUAGAUCACUUAGGAUACGUAAAGACAAUAAUAUUUACUGUUGCGAUGUAUAUCAUGUCUUCCGAAUAUAGAUUUAUGUAUGUAUAAAUAUAGGUCGUAAGAUAAAAUCCACGUCUUCCAAGAUUCAAUUCUUCGACAACGAAGUCUUCCAGUAAUUGACUCGAAAAAUUUAUAUCGGCUUAUAAUAUAGAUGUCGUAUGUUCCACAACAAAAAUAUGUCUAAGAAUGUUAUACUUAAUGUUGUAAAUGUUCAAUAAUAUAAUCGAUUUCCUCGUUUGGAGAAUAUUAUAAUAUACAAUAUUAUAAAUAGUCGUGUAGUGCGUAUUCGUAUCGGAAGCCUUCGAGAGAUCAACCAACUCGUCUCUUAUAAAUAUUUUGACUAGACUUCGUGAAUGGCUAAUUUUGGUCAAAGAACUGACAAGCUGACGAAAACAGUAGUGAGCUAGAAGGUUUCGUCUUUGAUUCGGUUUUCUACACUACCCCUGGAUUAGCUCAUAUAGGCAAUUUAUUGUUGUGAUUAUACACGUAUUGUUUCAAAUAGACAACCUUAUAGAUACCUGGUGAUUGUUGAACAAAGUACCUAUUUAAUAUUAUUAUAUUAUAUUAUAUUAUGCAAAACAGAAAUACUAAUAACUUAUUUAGAGUUAAGUGUCUAACAUGUGUUAUAAUUUACAAUACAAAAUUGAAAACUGCCUACGGGUAGCAUCGCUAUUCCAAGUGCAAUGGUAAUUACAAAAAACGAGCACCAUUACAAAAAUGUAUAAUAUGUUUUAAAAGCAUUUGAUAUGAGCCGGAUUUUCUUUUAAAUCAUU